UAGAAUUGGUGGUUACAUUCCACUCCUGAAUCCCAGAGUAGAGCUCAACCUGUUGCAAUUGCAACCCAUUUUUCUGCCUCUUUCUCUGUCACUUUUGUUUCCUGCACAACUCAAAACACAACACUCCUACACAAGUGUUUUGUUACAUCACGCGCCGCCACACCAGCAUGCCAACCUUCACCAUUUCCAGCAACAGCGCCGCCAAAUGGUCACUCCCUCAAUUCAACUCUCCCCACAAUUCCCGCUCAUCGCCUAUCAUUCUCCGCCAAUCCCUCCUCCACGUGGGCGCCUUCAGGAUCCACUGCGUGCCCCCCGAACCCCUCCUCCCGUUGCCAAAGAUCACACACGAUCAACCCUCUUUUGGCGGCGGCGGCGGAGGUGAUGGUGACGCAGGUGGCGAUGGUGGUGGCGGUGACGGAGACAGAGACGGAGACAGAGACGGAGGAGGAGAUGAAGAGUUUGGACCCCUUUUGAAUUUUGAAGCGGUAAUGAGAGAAUCGGAAGCACGUGGCGUGAAGCUGCCUCCGGAUAUGGUGGAGGCCGCCAGGGUCACGGGCAUCCGCGAAAUGUUUCUUCUUCGUUACUUGGAGUUGCAGAGUUCGUCUUGGCCUCUGUCUUUCCUGAUGCAGCAUUGUUCCAUGCUGAGAAAUCGAAUGCUCGCGGACCCUUCUUUUCUUUUCAAAGUUGGCACCGAGAUUGUUAUAGAUUCUUGUUGUGCAACGUUUGCAGAGGUUCAAAAAAGGGGCAAGGAUUUCUGGGCUGAAUUUGAGUUGUAUGCUGCUGAUCUUCUGGUUGGAGUGGUUGUUGACAUUGCAUUGGUGGGUAUGUUAGCACCCUAUGCUCGAAUCGGCAAGCCUUCACUGUCAAAAGGUUUACUUGGACAAAUUCAACAGGCUUGUUCGGCUCUUCCUAGCAGUGUUUUUGAAGCUGAAAGACCGGGAUGUAAAUUCUCUGUGAUGCAGCGCAUUGCUACAUACUUCUACAAGGGUGCAUUGUAUGGAUGGGUUGGCUUUGGAUGUGGUAUUAUUGGUCAAGGAAUUGCAAACACGAUCAUGAAUGCCAAAAGGAGCAUUAAGAAAUCUGAAGAUGACAUACCCGUGCCUCCUCUUCUGCAAAGUGCUGCUCUUUGGGGAUUCUUCCUUGCCGUGUCAUCCAACACCCGUUACCAGAUCAUCAAUGGACUAGAAAGCCUUGUUGAAGCAUCUGUGGUGGCAAAGAGGGUCCCUCUUGUUGCAAUGGCAUUCACUGUGGGUGUAAGAUUUGGCAACAACAUCUAUGGGGGCAUGCAGUUCGUAGACUGGGCAAAAAGGAGUGGUGUACAAUGACUCUCCACACUCUGCAAUUUCACCUUUUUCAAACCAAGAAGUGAAACUCCCAUCAUUUUUUCUUUUGCUGGGAAUCUUCUUGUCAUUAAAAUAGGACCAUACCCUCUCUUCCUGUUUUUUCUUCUUUACACUUUUUUUCACUUUCAUUCUCAUCCUAUCUUAUGUAACUUAGUUGUGUCA